AACAAAACAAAGAAACAAAACCCUAAAAAUAAAAAACCCAAAAACAUAUCCAAGAAGACAAUUUCACCGGCAGCAGAAGAACCAUCCACCAGAAUCAAACCACUGCUACCGUCAUUUCCAUCAGUUGACGUAAUGAUGACGUAAUCAGUCUCAGAAUUAUCAUCAAAUCCUACCUUUAUGUGCGCAAUUGGAGCAUAAUUUUCAUGGGUCAUUUCGAUUAGUGAUUGAAUUGAAAGACAGUUCAAAACUUGGGUCAAAUUGGUUAAAAAAAACAGAGCUUGUUUUAUACAGUUUACUUCAGUUGAGAGACAGUCAGAAGUAGAUGGCUAGAUGGGAUGAAAUACUGUCCCUCCCAGUACAAAAUCCACCAACUUUGGAGUUCUCGGCAAAUGAUCUUGUGUGGUCCAAAGUAGUAGGUUAUCGUGACAAUAUGGAUAGACUUGCUUUGGUUCCUUUUGCUAGAGUUGAUGACUUUGUUCGCGGUGAAUCUAACAACAAAGAUUGUCCCUCAAGGUUUCAUGUCGAAGCUAGGAGACGUCGCCCUCCCAAGAUGUCCUGCAAGCCUAAAGUUGAUGGUACCCUUGAAUAUAUUUUGUAUUGGUGUUCAUUUGGACCAGAUGACCAUAGAAAAGGAGGUGUGGUUAGACCUAGUAGGACUAGCUAUGCUCCAAAGAAGAAAUCUGCUGGUAGGCCUAAUACAAAAAGAGGGUGUACCUGCCACUUCAUAGUUAAACGCUUGAUGGCCGAACCAUCUGUGGCACUUGUCAUAUACAACCAAGAUAAACAUGUUGAUAGAAAGGGAUUGCCAUGUCAUGGACCACAAGACAAGAAGUCUGUAGGAACACGUGCCAUGUUUGCACCGUUUAUGUCAGAGGAUCUACAUCUACGUGUCUUGUCUUUAUUACAUGUUGGAAUUCCAGUUGAAACAAUUAUGCAAAGACAUAAUGAAUUCGUAGAGAAGCAAGGAGGCCCAUGCAAUAUAGAUGACCUUUUAACUCAUAGGUAUGUGAGGAAACAAGAAAGAAUUAUUCGACGUUCUAGUUAUGAACUUGAUGAAGAUGAUGAUGUAAGCAUCAGAUUGUGGGUUGAAAGCCAUCAGAGUCAUGUAUUCUUUUAUGAAGAUUUCUCUGAUAACGGUCCAUUUUUGUUGGGUAUUCAAACGGAAUGGCAGUUGCAGCAAAUGAUUCGUUUUGGCAAUGGACGCCUCCUUGCUUUGGAUUCAACGUUUGGCACAAAUAAACUGAAGUGCCCAAUCCAAAGUCUUGUUGUUUUCAACUCAGACAACAAAGCUAUACCAGUAGCAUGGAUAAUAGCACCAAGUUUUUCUAGAUCUGCACAAACUCAUGAAUGGAUGAGGGCUCUCUAUAAUAGAGUUCGCAUUAAAGAUCCUACUUGGAAAUUGGGCGGGUUUAUUGUCGAUGAUCCUUUAUUGGACCGUGUCACUAUCAGGGAAGUGUUUCAAUGCUCCGUGUUGAUCUGCUUUUGGCGGGUUCGUCAUGCGUGGCAUAAAAACCUAAUGAAGAGAUGUUCAAGUAUAGAGACACGAGCAAAGUUAUCAAAAACGCUUGGUCUAUUAGUCAAAGACAUUUCGAAAGGGUCUGGAACACUUGAAUCAUUUGAUAAAUUCAUGGAAGAAUUUGUAGAUUGUGGGGAUUUCAUGGAUUACUUUAAGGCAGUUUGGUAUCCUAGAAUGGGGUCUUGGAUCACGGCAUUGAAAUCCGCACCACUUGCUAGCCAGGAGAGUUCAGCAGCUCUUGAGUUUUAUCACAACCAAUUAAAACUGAGGUUGCUCAAUGAAACUGACUCAAGUAUCUAUCAACGUGCUGAUUGGCUAGUCAAUAAGCUGGUUACUAAAAUACAUUCCUACUUCUGGCUUGACGGGUAUGAGGGUAAAGAUGAUUUUUCACGCUACUGGAAGGAUGAAUGGACUAGUGGUUUAACUGCUUGGGGAAAUUCAAGAACAAUCCCGAACACUGAUGUUAUCACAGAAGGUGAACGGGUCAAAGUUAUUGACCAACACGAUCGAGACAUAGCUCAUGUUAUAAGGAACCCAGGCUCAGAGUAUGCAGUAUGCAGCUGUGAUUGGGGAGAAAAGGGUAAUUUGUGUGAGCAUGUUUGCAAGGCUAUUCAAUAUUGCCGCGAAAAAGGUUCCGUUUUGCCAUCUCUCAGCCUACUGCAGUAUAAUCAAGGUUUGAUCGAUAUGCUCAAAUGCCCACCUCCUAAUUCUUUUAUCCGUGACCAUGCCGUUUCUCUAGCUCUUUGGGUUAAUGAACAACUCAAUGCACAAUUUGCAAAAAGUAGUCCAAAUGAUGGCUCUAGUAGGAUGGAUGAAAUGUUAAAUUCAUGCUCACAGAUGGAAGUUGACUCGGCAUUAUGUUGAGUGAUGGCCACUUGGCUUCGAUGAGUGAUUUGCUGAGAUAGUAAACAUUUUUGACAAAAAGUAGGAAUGUAAUUGUACAUUUUGGAUGACUAAUUACUGUAAGUUACCCCAUACGUUGGUUCUUUAUUUAUAUGUUGAUACACUCCUUUGCCA